AUGGYGACUCAAAACAUAACAAAUACACAUUACUUACAUAUUAAAACAUGUAAUUUUAAAUUUUACAGACUGGUAGAUAGCAAUAUUCUAUCUAUUUUAAGACAGAGGUAUGAAGAUUGUCGUAUUUAUGAAGCACCAGAUGGCAUGAGGAAAUGCAAACCAUUGUCAGACAUUUACCAAAAAGCAGAAGAAAAUUACUCAAUCAAAUAUGGUGAUUUGGGAGUUGCCGUCACUGCUGAAAGAUGCUAUGCAAAACAACUGAAUCGCAUGUUAUGGGAGAGACGCCAUGGACCCGUUGGUACUGGAAUGAAAAAAGAUAGCUUGUAAUUUAUGAUUUUUAACACUCAGUAUAUAAUUAUACAAGUGUAUAAAAUUAGAAACAAAACUCAGUCAGAAAUUUAGAGAAUAAAAUUAUAUUCUGAAAUGUUCAAUAUAAAAAUGUAUCUUAUGUUUUUUUUAAAUACAUGUACUUUGUACGAAUUGUUACAGUUAAUUAUUAAGCAUGUGCAAAUACAAAUAUUGAGCCUUAGUUUCUAA